AUGACAUUUGCCAUGGUGUGGUCCAACUUACUGACGCUUCUUCUGCCUCAUGUGCGAGAUGAAUUCAUUCAGGUGAGAGGCGUCAUUUCAGAGCAACAGCACCGCGAAACAAGAGCACCAAUACUCAAGGAGGAAAUGGAGGUGUGCAACCUAGAGGCCGGAGCUGAAGACCCACGAUUUAUCGAAGCAAACUCCUCCGCUGAUCAUCCAUCGGACACCUCACUCGACCAUGAGUCUGCUUGCAUCGCACACUCCACUCUUCGACAGAUGGCCGCCGGUGUCUAUUCUGCAAACGACAGUAACUUGUCCCCCCGUCUCCUCGUCGUGGAUGCAAUUCCUUUGGCUUAUCAAAAUGAUCUGGAGGUGUCAAGUUCCAUGUGUAACAAUCGAAAGAUGUACCGCUUCAACAUUCACCUGGGAUGGCCAACCUUCAACUGCAGUGAUAAUGCACACAUGCGGCUGCUCGACUCCUUCAACAGUGAGGAAGUCACCCCUCGAUGCCCGCCUGGUCUUAUGUGGUGCGCUGGGCAGUGGACAGCAGAAGAAUUCAAGGGCUACGCGCUCGUUUGUGAAAGCACCACCCUUGGAAUUUACAUAAUAACGGAAAAUGGAAGAAACCUCAGACGGGUGGAUGGAUGGAUGCCUGAAGAGAACAGAAUUGUGGCCAACGUGGUAGAUCGGAGCGAGAAGCGGUCGGCUAAUACGAACACACUUAGCUGUGAGAUCUGCACCCCAGCAAAGCAUGACCUCGCCCAACUUGUCUGCUCCACCCACGGCCAAUAUCCGCCUCCCUUGAACGUGCCUGGUCAGUUAAUCAGCCUGGAGGUAAAGCCUUUCUGCUACUGCUGCUGCUGCUGUUCACAAGCUGAUUAUCACAGGACCACCACUUCUGCCUUUUCCAACGUAUCAUCAUCACAAUCAUCAUUAACACCUCCCUACCGGCCGCCUAGGUGCGUGGGCGGACCGCGUUUGAUGUAA